CUGAUUACUCAACAGCUGCAGAACAUAAUAACUAUCCGACAAAAGAAAUAGACACCAUUUAUUUUAAUAUUUUAAAUAAUCAAAAGACAAUAUUUUUUUUGUUUUUAAUAUUGUGUUAACAGUGCGGAUGUUUAUUUCUCUAAUAUCAUUAUAUUUAAUGAGUGACAACGAGUAAAAAUGUUAACGCUAAAUAAUUUCAGACUUUGCAUGUUACAGAAAUGUCCACCACCGUCAAUGCACCCCUUCCCUUAAACGUGUCACCGGAUCUCAAACCCCUCCACACUCGUUCCAGAAUCAGUCGUAUAUAAGCAGCUAGCUAACUUCUACGACCACGCACACACUUCACGGCUGAAUCUCGAACUGGUGCAUUGGCGUAAUAACAAGAAACCGUUCACGGUAUACCUGUUCGCUGUUCACGACCAGGUCGUAAAACGGUAAUUAUGACUGUCGCCGUCCACUGGUUUAGAAACGGCCUAAGGUUGCACGACAACCCAGCCUUGAUUGAAGCUCACAACAAUGCUGAAAAGCUUAUUACACUGUUCAUCUUCGACGAGACUACGUUCAAUCCAAAAUGGUAUGGAUACAAUCCGAUGCGAUUUCUUCUGGAAAGUUUAAUAGACCUGAAUAAUAAUUUAGCUUUGGUUGGAGGACGUUUGUAUAUUCUUCAAGGAAACCCUGUUAAUAUAUUUAAAAUGAUAAAAGAAAAGAUAGGCCUGCAUUUUAUUACUUAUGAACAGGAUUGUGCCCAUCUUGGUAGAACUCGUGAUGAAAAGGUAAAGUCAUUUUGCGAUGAAAAUGAUAUAAAAUGCAUUGAGACAGUUUCCCAUACACUGUGGAAUCCAAAAUCAAUAAUCGAAAAAAACGGUGGAGUACCUCCAUUUACUUUUAAACAGUUCCAAAACACAGCGAAACAAAUUGGUCAUCCUCCAUCACCAGUAGGUAAUGUAGACUGGUUGAGUGUAAUUUUUGAGGAACUUCCAGCUUCUAUUCAAGACGAAUUUAAGAACUUACACAAUCCGACCCCGGAAACCUUUGGAAUUUAUCCAGAAGUUCCUGAAAAUCUAACAUCUACAUACCGUUGGUACGGCGGUGAGACCAGAGCUUUAGAACAAUUAAAAGAACGACUUGAAUAUGAAAAAGAAGCAUUCGUUAAUGGAUUUUACUUGCCCAACCAAGUAAAUCCUGACCUUUUGAGCCCACCGUCCAGCCUCAGCGCGGCUUUACGAUAUGGAUGCUUAUCCAUAAGAAAGUUUUACUGGGAACUUACAAAACUGUUUAUCAAUAAAUUCGAAGGAGAUUUAUUACCUAUGUACAGCGUGACCAGCCAACUUAUUUGGAGAGAUUACUUUUACACCAUGUCUAUUGACAACAAGAACUUUGGCCAGAUAGAGGAUAACCCAGCGUGCAUUUCAAUACCUUGGAAUGAUAUCAAAAUUCCGGAAAAUAAGAAGAUGUUAGAAUGUUGGAAAACCGGCAAAACUGGAUAUCCCUUCAUAGACGCCGGAAUGAGACAAUUGAUGCAGGAAGGAUGGAUUCAUCAUGUGGUACGAAAUUCAUUGGCGUCUUUCUUGACGAGAGGUGAUCUCUGGAUAAGCUGGGUCGAAGGGUUGAAUCAUUUUAUGAAGUAUUUGCUAGAUGCUGAUUUUUCCGUGUGCUCCGGUAACUGGAUUUGGGUGUCAAGCUCUACAUUUGAACAGCUGUUAGACUGCCCUUUGUGCGUUUGCCCUGUCAGUUACGGUUUAAGACUUGACCCAUCUGGCGAAUACAUUAAACGAUAUGUUCCUGAAUUAAAAAACAUGCCCGCCCAAUUUCUGUACGAACCAUGGAAGUGUCCCGAAUCAGUUCAAAAACAGGUGGGAUGCAUUAUUGGCAAGGACUAUCCUAAUUGCAUCGUCGACCAUACAAUAGCAUCAAAAGGAAACAGAAAGAAAAUGCUGGCAUUACGUGUCUCGAUGACGAACGAGAACAGGGUACCACAUUGCUGUCCUUCGGAUCGUGAAGAAGUUCAAAAAUUCAUGUACCUUCCUGACGAAUGCAUGCAACAGUUGCUUCCUUUGGAAAACCAAGAUAGCAAAGCGUAUGAUAUCUAUAAAAGUCAUUGAAUCAUAAAAUAAAACUUUAAAAACAACGCCCACACUACCUAUUCCUGCGCAGUACGGUUCCAUUUCCUUUCUCAUAAUCAACCAUGACGAUUAUGUCCUUGACUAUUCCCUACAUAUUUGGAAAACAGAGUCGUCAAUUAGUCAUACUGGGCAUUUUAAACUAUUCUACCUAUUAUAAUAUUAUUAUGUGUGUUUAUAUGAUAGUUGAACUAUUCAUUACUUACUUGUGUAGUUGUGUUACAACCUAUUAGUUUUAAAUUACUUAUUUAUAGUGAAAUUGGUAUAGAAUGGUUUUAAUGAUUUAACAAAACAUAGCGAUAUAAAUUACAAUACACGUAUAUUAUGUGCGUAUACUUCUAAAUUUAAGGAUAAUAAGUUUUUUUUUUAACUCGUGUAAUAGGUAUAUGAUCAUUAAUCAUCACUCAAUUGAAAUAUUAUCAACUGUCUUACUGCUUUGUACACUGACAGUUUUGAAUUUCUUAUUUAAAUCACUUUUUUCUUGAUUAAUAGACAAUAGAUUUAAACAAAUAAAAAUUGUACUUUUACAAUAUUUCCACUAAAAUAUUACUGAAUACCUACCUACCUAUAUAAAAAUAUAUAUUAAGCGAUAUUCAUACAAAUAUAUAGUGCGUGCAUUAGGUAUCCAUCAAAUCAGCCAUAAAUAUUCCAAACAAAUUACUACCUAGUUUGAGAGUUCAAUUUUGAUAUUAAUAUUUUCAGAAUUUGCAGAUUAAAAGAGUGUAUUGUGUAGAGUUAACAGAAAUAUUGUUCUACACGUAUUUCUAUACGGAAAUACUAUAUCUUGUAUUUGAAAAAUUAAAUUAUUGUAUCUUUAUUUUUUCGCGUUAAAUAAAUAUAUUAAUAAUGAAUUAUAAAAAUGUGUAUUUAUCAUUAAUUCAAUCUUAAAAUAAAAAUUCCGAUCACUAUUCAAAUUUCACUAAUUAUUACUACCUACCUCAUCCUAUUUGGUCAAUUUUAGAAUACUAGGUACUUAUUUUUAUUUUACAUGUAAAAAAUAAAUACAAUAACCAAACCUUAUACCUAAACCUACCAACUUACAACAUGCAUGUAGGUAUUCAUAAUUCUACGUGUUUCCUUAAUGUUUAAACAAAAUAGAGUUUGUCUCAUUUCUUACAAAUAAAAAUCCUCGUUUUUUUUUUUAUUGUAUCAAUAGUAUUCCAAUUAUUUAAUAAAUAUAUAACAUUUAUGUAGUCAUUUAAA